CUUUGAAUAUUGUGUAUAUGCACGUAUAGGCGGAAGUACAUAAUGAUGUAUAUUACGCAUAUGAAACAAAGGCGAAAGAAGUUUUUAAAAAUUAUAAAAGUAAAUAAGUACCUGUUAAAGGAAAUUUACAAAUAUAUGUAGGUACCAAAACCUGCCUAUCUACACACUAUGUCACUUUAUAGUCGUUACCUGUUUUAAAAUUAGCAAUAUUAACGGCCUUUGUUAUAAUAUUUAGACUCUCCAAGACGCAAUUUAUAGCAUAGAAUUUUUACUUAAUAAUAUAAAGAUAAGCAAUAUAAAAAGUAAAUAUGCUUCGAGCUGCAAUUUAUUUGUUAAUGUCUAUGAUUUUAUUCAAUCAAUCGUCGUCAUAUUCAGUAGUUCAAGAUGAGAGAAUUAUAAGAAGCUAUCUGGAACCGAAAGCCGUUAAAGAAAGGGAUCAUGCGAAAGUGGCUCGUAACCUGGUACACAAAUCUAAAUGGGCAUCAAUCGGAACAAGAUCAACUGAUUCAAAUAUUCAGGGAUAUCCAAUGGUUAAUAUAAUGUCAAUUAGUGAUGGUAUUGUAAAUGAAAAAUCCACGGGCGUUAUAUAUUUUCUUUCAACAACAUUGGAUUUUACUGGGCAGGAUUUAUUGGUUGAUAAUAGAGCUACUCUUAUGAUAUCCGAUGAUGAAGAUUUACAUUGUUCUAAACAAAAUAUAGAUCCAAUGGAACCAGUUUGUCCAAGAGUACAUAUUUCUGGAAAUAUGAUAAAGAUGGAUGAAAGUUUCCCAGAUUAUAAAGUCGGGCUUGAUAGUAUAAUAAGACUUCAUCCUGCUGCAUUGAACUGGAUAAAAGCCCAUGCCAGUUUUAGCUUAUUCAAAGUAGAUAUUAAAAAUAUUUAUGUACUUGACUAUUACGGUGGUCCACAUAAUGUUUCACUCGACAAGUAUUAUGCUACCCAACCAGAUAAUUCAGAGGAAUUGCCAGUAAAAGCUCAAACCGAAUUGAAGCAAUCUUUAGAUAAAUAUUUUUCGAAGAAUGAAGUAAAUAUUAGAAUACCAAAAAACAAAUAUAAAACUGUUAAUAUUAUUUUAUAACUGCAAAUUUUGCGGAUUUCUGUAUCAAAAAGACUUAACAAUACCAUUUUAAAGAAAUUUUGUGAUCAAAUUUAUAACAACAAUUUUUUUUAUAAGAUUUUUAUGUAGAGAUUAUUAAAUGUGUGGUAUAUAAAAUAUAAAUCUAAAUUAAUAAAAG